UACAUUUUAUAGCAAGCACCAAUCCUACAUCGAUGGCUAAUUAAAUUAAAUAAAAUCUAUUGUUUUUAGUAUAAAAUACUAGAGCUGUUUGUAGUAUAUUUCAGAAAUGUUGCUAUGGUCACACAUUCAUUCAAGAAACAAAAAGUCUAAGUCCACUCAUAAGAAUAGAUCUCUUAACUUAAAUAAGUGCAUUUAUUAUAUUAUUUAACUGCAAAAAUAUAAGUGUAGCCAUGUUUAAAAAUAUGAAAAUACUGGAAUAUUGUCACAAACAUUGUCAAGACAUAAAGGCAAUGGAAACAUCGGACAGUUUAUUUAAUUUAAGACAAAAUAUUAAAACGGACGUACAAGAGCUUGAUGAAUAUUUAGGCGGUGGUAUCGCAAUAGGCAGAGUUACUGAAUUUGUUGGUUUGUCGGGAACCGGAAAAACGCAAAUGUGUUUGCAGCUCAGCUUAAACGUUCAAAUACCGAAACAAUUUAGCGGCUUGGAAGGCAAAGCAUUAUAUAUAGACACUAGGGGGGAUUUCAAUCCCGCCAGACUGCAAGAACUGGCAAUAGAUCUGGAGAAACGCUUUCUUCAUAAAGCCCUAGGCUUUAAAUCAAGCACCAUGAUGCAAAACGUAUAUUACCAAAAUUGUCCCAGCAGUGCUGAGUUAUUUGCUUGCAUAGUCAACUUGAAUAGAUACCUGAACAGCAAUCCCAGUAUCAAACUAAUCCUGGUUGAUUCAUUAGCUUUCUCAAUACGGAUGCUGGAAAACGUGAGGGAUCGAACCAACCUACUCAUGGAACUGCACGCUUUAAUCCAUCAGGUUCUCUGCCAUCAUAAUGUGGCUGUUGUGCUCACUAAUGAACUGGGCUUCUAUCGAAGCAGGCGAAAAUGGAAACUGCGCAGCACUUUAGGUGAAAAGCACACGCAUUUGAUAAAUGAGCGUAUUUGGCUGACUGAAAAUGGAAAUUACGUUGGGAAAACACUAAAAUUUCGAAAAUUGGUUACUAGCAUUAACGCCAAUUGUGGAUAAUAU